UGCAAGGACAAGAAGCAGAUGACUGUCAUUUGCACAAAAUAACAUUAAUACCGAUGUGAAUUUUUGUAAACUAUAUAUAAAAUGAACUUACUUGAAACUGUUUGUUAUCGAACUGAACUAGCAUAGGGGCCUAGAAUUCCUUUCAUUGUCGAAUUGGUCUAUUAUACAAGAAUUAAAUUAUUUUAGAGGGCAGUUUGUAUUUACAAACGAGAAUUUCUAUUGAAUGUACGAUCAGUUCGGAACGACGAUCACUAUAAGCUGGUACAAACUAUCCCACUGUAAGUCGGUGCUCUGGAUUGGUCACAAUGAUCUACAAUUUGUACAUCUUCGAUAAGUUCGGCACCCUUCUGUAUUACGGUGAGUGGAACCGUUUGAAGCAGUCCGGAAUAACAAAGGAUGAGGAAGCCAAGCUGAUGUAUGGGAUGUUGUUCUCCCUUAAAUCGUUCGUCAACAAAAUCUCCCCCACAGACCCGAAGGAAGGCUUUCUGUACUACAAAACCAACAAAUACGCCCUACACUUUGUUGAGAUUUCGUCCGGGUUGAAACUUGUGCUGAAUACCGACACAACCGCCACCGGGAUCAAGGAUUUCCUCCUACAGCUGUACAGUAAGAUUUGGGUCGAAUAUGUGGUGCGGAACCCAAUGUGGACGAUGGGAACACCGGUGACUUCGGAUCUGUUCAAAACAAAGCUGGACGAGUUCGUGAAACAAUCCCCUAUAUUUGGGCCCAAAAUUAUUUAAAAUAGUUUUAUUUUAACUUCGUGUUUGCAUUCUAUGUUAUGUUUUCUCCCAUCCCUGUGUUUCUGUAACAAACUGAUAAACUACAAAUAUACACACAUAAAUCAAAGAAA